CUGCGGACACAGUACAGGAGGACCAGAGACUGCGGACACAGUACAGGAGAAGGACCAGAGACUGCGGACACAGUACAGGAGAAGGACCAGAGACUGCGGACACAGUACAGGAGAAGGACCAGAGACUGCGGACACAGUACAGGAGAUGGACCAAAGACUGCAGACAGUACAGGGGAUGACCAGAGACUGCAGACAGUACAGGGGAUGACCAGAGACUGCAGACAGUACAGGGGAUGACCAGAGACUGCAGACAACAGUACAGGGGAUGACCAGAGACUGCAGACAGUACAG